ACAACACAACACAACACAACUCCUCUUUCUCACCUCUCAGUCUCAACUAACCUUACCUCAGUCUCAACCCCGCUCCCCACCUUACCACCACCCCCCACAAAAUGUCGCCCCCCUCAAUCCUCAUAAUCGGCUCCCUGAACACCGACUUCGUCACCUACACACCACGCUGCCCCCAAGCAGGCGAAACCCUCACCGCGACCAGCCUCACCAUCUCCGCCGGCGGCAAGGGCGCCAACCAAGCCGUGGCCUGCGGCCGCGCCGCACACACCACCCCCACCACGCACGCCGCGAACGUCUACAUGGUCGGCGCGGUGGGGGCCAACGACCCAUACUACUCCGCCCUGAUGCGACCACUCCUCGAAGGUUCCGGCGUCAGCGUAGCGGGUGUGACCGAGCGGGCAGACGCGAGCACGGGAUCCGCGACGAUCAUCGUCGAGGAGGAGAGCGGCGAGAACCGGAUUGCGGUUGUGCCCGGGGCCAACCAUGUUGGGAUGAACUCCGUGGACGUGGUGGUGCAGGGAGUGGAGGGGUUGGUUGCUUCGCAAGAGGAUAGGAAGGUGGUGGUGCUGCAGGGGGAGAUUCCGCGGGAGACGGUGCUGGGGCUGCUGGAGCAUUAUAACCAGCGGGAUGCGCGGGCGCAUGUGGUCUUUAACCCGGCGCCGGUGUUUCCGGAGGGGAUUCCGCUGGAGGCGCUGAGGGGCACGAGCGUGCUGGUGAUGAAUGAGACGGAGGCGGUUCUCAUGGCGAAGGCGUUGGGGUUGGAGCAGGGGGCAGCAAAUGAGGAAGACCCUGAGACGCUGGCCCGCGUGCUGGCGCCGCGGUUCCAUGAGGCGGCCGAGGUGGGUAUCGUGCUCAUCACGCUCGGCGCCAAGGGGGCCUUCUUCUCGACCCGGUCCGGCACGAGCGGGUGCGUCGCCGCGGAGAAGGUGGCCAAGGUUGUGGACACCACCGCCGCCGGGGAUACGUUUGUCGGGUACUUCACGGCGGCGUUUGCGCGGUUCGUGGCGCAGGGCAGGCGGUUGGAGGAGUUCGAUGGGCUGGUGGAGGGCGCGGUGAGGCUGGCGAAUCGCGCGGCGGCCGGGUGCGUGCAGCGCAAGGGGGCGAUGCAGAGUAUUCCCUUUGCUUAUGAGGUGGAUGCCGAUGCCUAGGUGGGAGGAGGGCUGUAGGAAUAGUACGGUGUACAUUACAGGAGCUGUUGACUUUUUGUGGUGAUAGAAGCGUAGAGAUUAGAUUAAUUCACCUAGACAUAUACCCUCAACC